UUCAUAUGAACCCUCUCUUCAAAUCCAAACCCACCAUGACAAACCCUAAUCUCUUAUCACUUGCCCUCCUUUCAUUGCUUUCCUUCAUCUCGAUAUGCAGUGUAAAUGCAUCGAGAAGAUUGGCGGACGUAGACAAGCAAUUCGGGUAUGCAGCCGGGGCUCCAAAUGAACCAGCGAAAUGGGGAAGUCUUAGGGCGGACUGGAAAACUUGUGACAUCGGAAAAUCUCAGUCUCCUCUUAAUAUCGACACCAAACAAGCACAAAUGCAGCCACCCGACUUGAAAAUGGCUUAUAAGGACGCACCUGCUAAACUUGUCAAUAUAGGCUUCUUUCUUAAUAUAGAAUGGCAAGGAGAUGCCGGAGGAAUAUCAAUAAAUGGCGUAAAUUAUAAUCUAGUUCACUCUCAUUGGCAUUUUCCCUCUGAGCAUACUAUUGAUGGGAAAAGGUUUGAUGCGGAACUACAUUUGGUUCAUAGCAACGAAAAGGAAGAACUGGCAGUUAUGGCCAGCCUUUACACCAUUGGACAACCUGAUCCCCUAAUUCAAAGCCUGGCAGACAAGAUGAAGGGGCUUACUGAGACCAAAGGGAUUGAUGUAGGGACAAUAAGUGCAAGUAAUAUAAAGUGUGGGGGUACAAAGUAUUUCAGAUAUAUCGGUUCGCUUACAACUCCUCCAUGUACGGAGGGUGUCACUUGGACAAUCGCAGAAAAGGCGAAAACAAUUUCACAAGACCAAAUCCAAAUGAUUAAAGAAGAUCUCGAACGUGAAUUUCAAGAAAAUUCAAGGCCAAUUCAGUUACGUGGAGAAAGGUCAAUUUUGCAAUUUGAUUUACCUAACGAACAAUGAGACGAAUGGUCAAUUCAUGGAUAACAUUUUAUAUGUAAAAGUUAGAAUUUGUAGAAAUAUUCAUUAUGUUUUAUUAAUUUUACAUCUCUACGAAAUCCUAGAUUAUGUUUUUGC